ACGCCAUAAUCUUUCAUCGCUUUUGGAGGAUGGGGUGAGCAUGAGUGUUAUUGAUAUUUGGGCUCUGAUAUUAAAUCAGAAGGACUUAGGGCGUGGGCUAGGGUCACCUAAGAGAUUCUUUUGUUCAGCCACGGCUAGUGUUGACGUGACUCAAAGUCAUAUGCAAAGAAAGUAGAUGAUUAAGGGUACCCUUGACUUUAAGAUUAGAUUGGUCGGUAUGGUGAAAUGCUCCAAAGUAUCCAUUUCAGAUAUUGAUCUUGCAUUUUUCCCUAUUAUCCAUGAUGGAUGUUAUGUCGUUCUCUGCUUUAAUUUCAAGUAUUCCAAGGUUGAUGUGAUUGACCAGAGGAUUUUGACCGGAAAAGUGAAUGAAAUUUAUGGUGGCUACGUGACAAUUCUGGCUUCGUUCUUUUCAAAGUUUUUGAAGGAUAUGAAGGAUCCAAGAGCUAAGUUAGUAAUGAAUUUUGAGCCAAGGAUAAUCAGAAUGGUAUGGAAAUCCAAUGAGCUUGAUGUUGUUGAUAGUGGUGUCCUUGCAAUGAGACACAUGGAAACAUAUAUGGGGCAAGCAAAUUCUUGGGAUCCUCUCCUAAAAAAAAUUGAUGGCCAUGUUCUUAGAAAUUUGAGAGCAAAAUAUUGUUGUGAGAUUUUGAAGAAUGAGUACAACGUGGUCAAAGAAGAUGUGUUGAAGAAAGCAAAAUUGUGAAUUGAGCAAAAUAUUGUUGCCGGGAAGAUGGAAUUUUGAUGUUGAUCAUAGACGUGUGUUCAUUGUAAUAUUGAUAGUUUGUUAAUGAUGUAAACUAAUCGUUGGUACUGGGUUGUAGCGUUAUAGGCUCUAAAACUUACCAUAGCUUUAUGCAUUUACUAUAGUAUGCUGUGAUGUUGAUAGUUUGUUAAUGAUGUAAACUGACGUGUGUUGUUGGACACGAUUGUGAUAUAUCUACAAUAUUCUGAUGUAUGACAGUGGA